AGAUAUUAACUACUUUAAAGUCUCUCUAACUCUGCACUAUGAUCACUGUGGUCCUCAGGUGAGUGAAGGAGCCCAAAAAUCCACCAUCUUCUUCUUCCUUCCCUCCUUCAUCAACUCAGAGUUCAGUCAUGGAGAAACUUAGAGAAAAAUACAACAGCAGCAGUGAAAACAACUACAAACAAAUUAGAGAUCAGCAAGUCAUGAGGCAUGGGAGAAGUUUUCUUGCAAGAGGAGAUCCCUCUUCAGCUGUGAGGUUCUCAUGGCCUCCAAGGUCCUACACUUGUAGCUUCUGCAAGAGGGAGUUCAGGUCAGCACAAGCUCUAGGAGGGCACAUGAAUGUUCAUAGAAGGGAUAGAGCAAGACUUAGGCAGUGUUCCCCUCCAUGGGAUCAUCCCUCCUCUUCAAACCCUAACCCUAACUUUAGGUCCAACCCUAACCCUAACAAUGUGCCUAACCUUAACAUGCCACCACCUUCUUUGAAUGCCAGAGAUGAGAAGCCUUCUUCAGUUCUCUACACAUUGCCUUCCUAUAUCUCUACCCAAACUUUUGCUCUUUCAUCUAAUCCUUCUUCUGGUUCUUCUUUCUUUGGAGUUAGGGAGUGGAGGAACUUCAUGGAGGAAGGAGGAAGGAGGGAUGGGAGGGUUAUGAAGGAGGAGGAGGAGGAGGUGUUGAAGCUGAGCUUGGAUAUGGAAAUUGAUCACUAUGGUGAUUUAGAUGGACGCUUGGAUUUGGAGCUCAGACUUGGGUAUAUCUAG